GUGGGUAUCAGACACUACAUGAAAAAUGAAAACAAAAAAUUUAAAAAAUGUUGCUCGUAAUCAGCAGAGUGAUAAGUAGUUCCUCAUUCUUAAUCAGAAGUUUUAAGUUUAAAUUCCACAAACUCAAAUUUAAUCGAAUUUCAAUACAAAUAUAGAAUAUUUCGUAUAUCAUGGAGUAUCCAUUUUAAAUCUACUAAAGUUGUAGUUGGUGGAAAAUGUUUGCCACUACUUUUCCUGCAAGUUUUGGUUUCUAUGUGUCUCCAUUUAUUCAAACCCCAACAUUGUUGACCUCUGCAAAAUCUUUAUACAGUUCUAACAAGUUCAAAUUCAACCCAAAAAAGGGAUUGAAUCAUCUUCAAGAUUCCAUUUUUUGUCAUUCCAAUUCUAGUCAAGGUCUGGCAUGGGCAUUCCCAGCCCUCCAACCUCCACCUCCCAGAAUCUGUGGUUCUCCUGAUGGUCCAACAGUUACCGGACCUAGAAUCAAACUUAGGGAUGGAAGACAUCUGGCUUAUAAGGAGCAUGGUGUACCCAAAGAAACGGCCAAAUAUAAGGUCGUAUAUGCACAUAGCUUUAGUGCUACCAAAUAUGAUUCAGCUGUUGCACCCUUGGAAACACUUGAAGAAUUAGGGGCAUAUGUUGUCUCUUUUGAUAGACCUGGUUAUGGGGAAAGCGAUCCACAUCCAAAACGAACCAUACAAACUACAGCUUUGGAUAUGGAAGAGCUUGCUGAUCAACUCGGACUUGGCCCUAAAUUUUAUGUUAUGGGGUAUUCCAUGGGUGGUCAUUCAGUUUGGGGUUGCCUUAAGUACAUCCCUAAUCGGUUAGCUGGAGCAGCUCUAGUUGCUCCCGUUGUCAAUUACUGGUGGCCUAGCUUUCCUGCUAAUAUAUCCACAGAAGGAUACAAUCUACAGCUCCCACAGGACCAAUGGGCACUUCGAGUUGCACAUUAUGCGCCUUGGCUAGUCUACUGGUGGAACACUCAGAAGUGGUUCCCGUGCAAUAGUGUUAUAUCUGGAAAACCCAAAAUGUCUCCCCAAGAUUUAGAAGUUGUUUCCAAAUCUGCUAAGCAUUUAAGCAAAAGGCCAAAGCUUAAGGAAUAUGCUGUAAAGCAAGGAGUAUUCGAGUCUCUCCACCGUGACAUGAUGGUGGGGUUCGGAAAAUGGGAUUUUGAUCCUAUGGAUCUUAAGAACCAUUUCCCAAAUGGUGAAGGCUCGGUCCACUUGUGGCAUGGUGAGGAAGACUGGGUUGUACCUGUUACAUUACAACGUUACGUUGCAGAAAGGCUUCCAUGGAUACAAUACCAUGAAAUGCCCAAUGUUGGACAUCUAGUUAUGCAUGAUCCAGCCAUGAAUGAGGUUAUCUGGAAGACAUUUUUGACUGGAGAGGAAGAACAAAUAGUGCAUUCUUAAAGAGGAAAACUGAAAUUUCCUAUUAAGCAAAAUCUUCAUAAAUAGUUCUUUGUAAGAAUUAUGUACAUCUUGUAAUAAUACCAAACCAUUAAAAAAUAUCCACAUUUUUUUAUGAAAUUAUGAAGGAGUUAUA